GUGCUUGCGAAGUGCUUGCGAUGGGACUGGAUGGGCCUCUCUAGAGUCUAUCCUCCGUACUUUUCGGGGGGCAGGGUGUCGCUGGGUGUCGCUGGGUGAAUUCUGGAGAAGCAGAUGAACAAUCGGGCCAAUGGAGAUGGCCCAUCGCUUUCCCCUUUCGGGGCUUGGAGGCCUUCUCGACCCUCGACCUCGUCGCCGCCCGGUCACUUCUCCGUAGAAAGCUUCUCUCUUUCCCGCCUCGACCUCUCCUUCUCCAUCUUCCGCUGCUUCUGCUUGUUUUUGCUCUUCUUCGCUCUGGCUGUUAGCCGCCACACUCGUUGCCCGCAGCACUAUCACUUUCACCAUCACUAUCACUAUCAGUCACCACCACCACCACUACCAUUCCCCAUUUAAUAUCAAUACUCACCAAGUCACUCGUUUGCGACAAUAGUGUAAUUCCAUUGCUCAUCUCCUCCAGUUACACCAAAAUAGGAGAAGAACGAGGGGUCGGUACGAGUUCUCGAUCCUCUACAGGCAUAACAAGCACGGGAGCACAGGAACAGAGCACAUCCGACGAUGAAGUUUUUGGAUAUUAAGAGUGCCGUGGGCACCGCCAUCCUCUUGAUAUGGACAUUGCCAACCGACGCGAAGCAUGGCCUGCGCAGUCUGUCGCAUGCGCAUAUGGAGCGCUUCGUGAAGCGACACCAGCAUCAGAAACUCCACAUGUCGCCAAGAGCAGACGGUGCUGAGACGACACUGGCGCCUCGUGGAGGAAGUUGUCAAUUCCCUUCAGAUGCGGGAUUGUUCGCCGUGACGCCCGGUUCAAAGAAUGCAGGAUGGGCAAUGAGCCCCGAUCAACCGUGUGAGCCAGGCAGCUAUUGCCCUUAUGCUUGCCCAUCGGGUCAAGUCAUGGCACAAUGGGACCCAUCGGCCACCUCCUACACGUAUCCCCAGUCAAUGGUAUGUAGAAGGGAAACGCUCAUUGUGUUUGACUAACAAUAUGGUAGAACGGAGGUCUCUUCUGUGACAAGAGUGGAAAAGUCACCAAGCCUUUUCCAAACAAGCCAUAUUGUGUUGACGGUUCAGGGACCAUUGGAGUAAAGAACAAUGCUGGAUCGGGUGUUGCUUUCUGCCAGACGGUGCUUCCAGGAAACGAAGCCAUGAUAAUCCCAACCCAUAUAUCAAGCUUCGGGAAAUUGGCUGUACCAGAACCAAGUUACUGGUGUUCCACCGCCGCACAGUAAGUCCCUUUGAUCAAUCUGGUAUUUCGUUUGCUAAUGUUGCAAAGCUACUAUAUCAAUGCUCCAGGAGUAAGCGCUGAGGAGGGUUGUGUCUGGGGUGAUGAAACUAAGCCAAUUGGAAAUUGGGCUCCUUACGUCGCAGGAGCUAAUACUGAUGCCAAUGGACAAACUUUCAUCAAGAUUGGUUGGAAUCCUAUCUGGACUGGUUGUGAUCUUUCCAAGACUCUCCCAAAUUUUGGUAUCAAAAUCGUUUGCGCUGGUUCAGGUUGCAAUGGCACUCCUUGCUCGAUCGAUCCCACGGUCAAUGGCGCGGGUGGGGUCACCAGCGCUCAACAAUCCGUUGGAGCAGGUGGUGCGAGCUUCUGCGUUGUUACCGUUCCCAAAGGCUCCUCUGCAAACGUGGAAGUCUUCUCAGUUGGUGGCGGAGGCGGUUCCAAAGGCGAUGAUAAAGACAGCAAACCAACUAUUAAGGCAGUCGAACCCCCCAAAGAGGAGCCUCCCAAGGAGGAGCCCAAGGAGGAGCCUCCUAAGCCUAGUCCAUCCCCUAGUCCGACACCAACCCCAUCGUCCACCUCAACCACUGAAAAGCCAACAUCGAACUCGACCCCGACUAGUGGGGAACCCAGUUCAACCCCUAGCUCGAGCUCUUCAAGCAGCUCAGAGUCUAGCACCUCAGAACUCAGCACCCAGGAGAGUUCUUCCUCCUCCUCUUCUUCUUCUUCUUCUUCUUCUUCUUCUUCUUCUUCUUCUUCUUCUUCUUCUUCUUUUUCCUCUUCGAAAGCCUCAUCAACGUCAAAAUCGAAAUCCAGCUCCAAAGCAUCCACAACUCCUUAUCCAACAGCAAGAAAUAACCACCAUAUUCUUUUUGAGAACGUAACAUCAAUGGCAAUUCAACCAUCAGCCACUGGAACCACCCCAGUAAACGUCAAUGGUGCGUCCGAACCAACGGCAACAGACACAGCAACAGACGCAGCAGCAAAGAAGAGCGUAGCAGACAAGAUCUCUUCCUCCGGGUCUGCCAUGAUCUUUGGCGCCGUCUUCGCUCUCGUCUCAGCAUGCCUUCUAUAAGCUUGCCAAAGUACGCCAUUGGCAUAGCCAUUGACUGAUGCCAUAUCCACUUUGGAUAACACAUUUACCGACCGUCACGAAACAAAUCUGAUUCUCAACUUGAACAUAUGGCAACUUUAAGUAUUUCUAAAACGUCCGGAUAUACGUAAAUUUUAAUUCUUCGCAUGGAAUUCAUCUAUUUCUUUCAAGAGAGAUCGAGAUUCUUUCACGAGUCCGCUUCCCAACGCAAACUGUACAUUCUGUUGGUUGAAUGGACGGAACACCACCCAUCUUAUGCACAUAUUGUUCAUCAAACGUUCAUCCUGCUGGAGCAGCUGAAGAUGCACCUUGCAAUGUUGGCUGAUACCCUUUUUUGUCGUUUUUAUUGCGCGUCGUUUUUUGAUUUUGCUUUUUGAAAUUUGGCUAUAUAUUGAUUGUUUUUUGCUUGUAUAUUUGAAGAGGAAUUUACUCACUUUUUUGGAUAUGAGA